AUGCAUGCUACUUCUGUGAAGCUCGAUAUAACUAACAGGUGGAAGAAUCUUGGAUCUGAAAGUUUAGCAAACCAUCAAAGUCGAUCUUCAGUUGAAGAUACUUUAGCCACGAGGCAUGCCCUAAUCCAUCAAAGGCUUGAUGCUUCUGUUGUCCUUAACGGCGCUACAAAUUACUUUCACCAAGAUUGGUCAGAUGCCUUGGAUGGAGAGCUUUCAUCUACUUCUGGAACACAGGGAAUGCACCAGGAAGAACAAGAUUUUGGGAGCAUGAUGGCACAUGCUCCAUCUUAUUCAAAUGUACAACUUCCGCAUGGUUUGGUUGCACACCAAUUGACUUAUUUCCCUGACAAUGGAUUGAGCUCACCUUCUGCUGAUUCAAUUGAGCAAAGCAAUGGAAAUUUUGGUUGUGUGGAGAUGAGUUCUGGAGAAGUAGAAAAUGAUUUCUGGCAGGAGCAGGAGCAGGACACAGGCUUCACUGUUAGCCAUGACCCUGGAAAUGGAAAUUAUGAAAUGCUUCAGACAGAUAAUACGCAGCCAGCAAAAAUGUCUGGUUUAAAACAUGUUCCGCCUUGA